AUGCCCACGUCCACAGAAAGAGAGGCCAUCAGGCAGAAGAAUCAGCUCGAUGUGAUCAAGCUGAUUCUGGAGCACGUGGUGGGCCCCGGUGACUUUUUCUCGUCUGAUGAGCGCGCGGAAUUUGCCGCGGAGGCUUAUGCAGCUUGGGGGACCUGCAAAGGCUGUCUGGCUGCGAAACGGCAGGGCAUCACGCCAGGAGUCCCGUUUGCCCAGUACAAUCACGACGAGAUCGAUCAUGUCUAUGUCACCGACGGUCCGUUCAGAGACAUUGCACAUGCAAUCGUGAACCAUCAACAGAUGCUAGAUAAGCCUUUCUUUGACAGUGUCUUGGAACGAAUUGAGGAGUAUCGCAGCAAAAAUAAAGCUGCCGGUGAUGAGUAUGGGCCAAAUGAAAUCAACGCAAUGGCCAUAGAGCUUGCCACCGUCGCAGCACUUUGCUCCGGCGUGAGAGCCUUCUUCGCAGCCUCUGGGUUGCCAUGCCCUGAACUCCCGGAAAAGCCCAGGGUCUGCCAACCAGCCCAUUUCAAGAGCGUCUCCAACUACGCAAGUGGCUCUUUGAACACGAACAUGGCCAUCGCAUGGGGUCCGUUUUUGUAUGCAUCACAACUCCGGGAAGAUGUUGCAGCACGUCCCGACUUCGACAAGACAACGUGGAUGUUUGCCACGGCAGACGAUUCAGCUCCCACGUCAAAAGCCUCCGCAUCGCCUUUGACUUGCAUGGAUUUCCUCCGCUUUGCCAAUGUCAUGUACUUUCCAGUAGAAGAUGCAACAAGAUUCUUCAAAGUACCCGGCGAGGAUCGGCACUUGGCACGUGGCCAGCUUGAAAUUGCUGCAGCCGUCUACACCAGGACCAAGUCUUGCGGUUACUGA